AUGUGGGUGCCCAACAUGCCCAUCACCAUCCUCACUGGCGUGGCGGCGGGAGCGGGGAUGCUGUGUAUCUUUAAAGAUGUCUACGGUGGCGUGGCCUUCGAUAAGAAGGUAUCGGCUGAGGGCAAGACCGUGAUCGUGACGGGGGCGACCAGCGGCAUCGGCAGGGAAGCUGUGUGGGAGUUCGCCAAGAGAGGAGCCAAGGUGUUCAUGGCGUGUCGUGAUAUGAAGAAAUGUGAGGCAGUACGCCGCGACAUUGUCCUAGAGACCAACAACAAGUACGUGUACUGCCGGCCGUGCGACCUCGCCAGCACCGCGUCCAUACGUGAAUUUGUAGCUAGGAUGAAAGCAGAAGAGCCGCAUGUAAAUAUAUUAGUGAACAACGCGGGCGUCAUGGAGACUCCUAAAGGCGUAACCAAAGAUGGCUUCGAGAUACAGCUUGGUAUUAACCAUUUCGGGCACUUUCUGUUGACUCAACUAUUGCUAGAUACAUUGAAGCAAUCAGCGCCAAGCAGAGUGGUGGUGGUGACAUGCAACGCUCACCAAAAGGGCACUAUUAAUAAGGAAGAUCUAAACAUGACGAACAAGUACGACCCGGUCGCCGCGUACAACCAAAGCAAACUAGCUAACGUGCUGUUUGCGAGAGAACUCGGGAGACAAAUGCUAGACACAGAAGUAGCGGUGACAGCAGUAGACCCUGGCUUCACGGACACGGACCUGACGAGGAACCUCGCCAUGAUGAAGAGCAUCACGCGCUUCAUAGUGUACCCGAUCUUCUGGCCGGUGAUGAAGAAGCCCCGCACCGGCGCGCAGGUGGUGCUGCACGCCGCCCUCGGCCCGGAGUUGGAGGCGAGCAAGGGAGAUUAUUAUGUUGACAUGAAGAAAGUAGAACCGUCAAAAACCGCCCAGGAUUACGAACUAGCGCAGUGGUUGUGGAUAGUGAGCGAGAAGUGGACCAAAGUUGCGGAACACAAAGCUGCAAUCGCAAAAGCUCAUGCUGCU